ACCAUCUUUGCCUACAGAGAUGCAGCCAGACAAAUGCCACGCCUACGCGGCUUUGGACCGAGACCCCUCUUGCGACUUCGAGAAGCUUCGGCUCUACACCACUAUCGUCGGGGUCCGGGCCCUUGAUUGGUAGUCACGGGCCCGAUAGCGCGUCUCGGGGCCGUUGUAGCGUGUGGCGAGAAGAUGGGUGUACGUGGUCUUGCACGUGCGGAGUGAUGCCUGGGAUGGGUAGAAGUGUAUAAAGACGGUUGUAGGUAAGCCGUGACGUUUUUCUGUUUUCUCAUCACACAUCAAACAAAUUUCUCAUAAUUAUCAAAUCCAAUUCAUCGAAAAUGCCAUCAGUAACAUACAUGAACCAAUCCGCUCCCUUCUGGGACUUCGUUGCCAGUCUCGAGCAGCAGGGCACGAAUCACCCCUUCUUCCAAUGGGGCCAGAACCAAAACGACAACACCGAACGCGGUGAGGAAGGCCAUCAUGGCCACCACGGUGCUUCACCACCUCCCUUCGGACCAUGGGGCUGGGGCUUCCCUGGCUUCGGUGGACGAGGCUUCCCUCAUCGUGGACCACCGCCGCACGAAGAACCAUCUGGCCAGAAAGAUAAGGAGAAAGAGAAAGAAGGGGAGGAUGACAAUGACAACGGCGAGGGACCGUCCGGCAGUGGCUCCGAGACCGAAGGGCGCUGUGGCCGUCGUGGGCGCUGCGGCGGACGAAAGGGUCGACACGGUUGUGGCCCUCGUGGAGGACGAGGAGGCUGGGAAGGACCAGGUGGCUUCGGGCCUCACGGCGGACCUCACCACCACCAUCACGGAGGACGACGCGGCGGCUGGGGUGGCCCAUGGGGUCGCGGCGGCCCCUUUGGCGGCGGUCCCUUCAACCCGUUAGCCUUCGCCACCAACUGGUUCGACCCGACCGCCACUACCACUGCCAAGGAGGACAACGACUUCAGCCCGGAAGCCGACAUCUUCGACACAGAGCACUCCUUCGUAAUCCACGUCUCGCUGCCAGGCGCCAAGAAGGAAGACGUCGGCGUUAACUGGGAUGCCGAGAAGUCCGAGCUGUCGAUCGCGGGCGUUAUCUAUCGCCCUGGGGAUGAGGAGUUCUUGAAGACGCUGGCUAUGGACGAACGCAAGGUCGGGCCGUUUGAGAGGAAGGUGAGGCUGGGGACCAGGGCAAACCCCGCCCAGGUGGAUGCGGACAUGAUUAGCGCCAAGUUGGAGGACGGUGUCUUGAGGGUGGAGGUGCCAAAGCUGAAUGAUACGGGGUUCGUCGAGGUGAGGAAGGUAGAUGUCGAGUAGAUGUCGUCGUUUGGUAGUAGUGGGUAGGUGGGCGUUGGAGUCAGGUAGGUAGGUAGGUAGUCCGUAAUCGAAAAAGAGGUGUUGAACCUUAAUACUGCUGUUCCCGUCGCUCCCUGCUUCUCUUCUCCGCAUACUCCCGCUUCUUCUC